AUGAGCUCAAAAGUGGAUCUGGUUGCUAGCUUCUCGCAGGAUGCAAGACAGUUUGCGUUCCAAUCUGGUAUUGCACAAAAGAAUACAGUCGAUCUUUACCCAUUAGAUCCUAGUAAUAACUACGAAGUGAAUAGUUCGUUGGUAGAACGUUUAGAUUACGAAAACAACGAUUUAAAGGCAUCAGAACUAUUGUUUCUAGGCUGGUGUUCCAGUGUAUCUGGUGAAGAUGAGAAGAAAGUAAAAAGAAAGCGUGGUGAAGGAGAGGAAGAAUAUCAAAAGGAACUACAGGAUAGAACACUAGAAAAUGUAUUUGUGAAUGGAUUCUCUGAAGGACAGCUUGUCAUAUUUUCAUCAAACGGUAAGAGUAUUGUUAAUAUCAUUCGUAAUAAGCAAGAAUUUUUAAACAUCACCACAGAAAAGUCCCACAUUUGGGCGCUAGAUUCAGAUAAAUGUGUGAAAAAGUAUCAAUAUAAUGUGGCAAAACCAUUAAAAACUUUUCAUUUGACUGAUGGUAAAGAUGAGGGCAUUACAGGAUUCCAAGUUAUGAAAGUGAACAAUGAGACUGAGUACUUAUUCCUAAUUACAGAACAGCAUAUCCAUAUUAUUGAUCCAAGUAAGAGAAGACCGACAACUGUAGCCAAACUCGAUAUAUUUGGUGCCAUCGCUUGUGCUUUGUCGAGCGAUGGUAAAUACUUAAUUGUUGCAGAUAUAGAGAAGAUUUCUGUAUUUGAAUUUGAAACUCAAAAGUUUGUUCAAUCGUGGGAUGUUCAAGCUGAAAGAUUAGAAAUCAUUAACGAUUUGGUGGUAGCUUUGGGAGUCAGCGGUAAAAUUUCCGUUUUCAAAUUAGGUGAAAAUGAUAGUAUAAGCACUGUUAGAGUGGCUAAUUCGGAGAUUAUUGAGUUCAGCAAAGUCGGCACUAGUAUUAUGCUUGCCUGGCUAAACGUCAACGAACCAAAUUUCAAACUUCUGUCAUUGGAAAAUAUUAGUGGUAACAAAGAGAUUGUCAUAAACGAAGAAGAGGAAGAAGAACAAGAAAAUAUCAGUGAAAUUGAAAAGGACAACCCUGCAGGUGAAGAGGUCAAGGAUGUGAAGGUAGAUGAAGCGUCGAAGGCUGGUGAAAAGAAUCAACAAAAGAAGAAGAAAAAGAUAACACAAGAUGAAAAGAAUGAACUAACUUUGAGUUUGAAAAGUGCAUUAGAAUCAAAUUCAGGGAAUGAACAAAUAAUAAAACUACUUACUUCCGAAGGAUGGGAUAAAGCGAGAAUCAUUGAGUUCAUCUCUAAACAGCAUGAUUCAGAAACUUUACUAUCCAAUUUAUUCAGCAUUGUUGUUACUGAAUUACAAAAAACUGUUUGGAGUGAUAGCCACAUGCUGCGCAGUUGGUGUAAAUUGUUAAUAACAUUGAAACCCGUCCUUCUUGCGACGCAAGACAAGAAAUUUAAGAAAAAUCUAAAACAUCUCAGACAAUCUUUAAAAUCAUCAAGCGAUACAGUCCAUAUCCUAGUAGGAAUACAAGGUAGACUAGAAAUGCUUCAUCAACAGGACAUUUUAAGGCAAGAAUUAGCGAAGCUUUCUGUCGGAAACGACGGUAUGGAAGCGGAUGUCAUAGAAGAAGGUGAAGCAGACAACGAUGAAGAUGACGGGGACUCAAUAACCUACGUCAACGGUGAAACAGAUGUGUUUAUUGAUGCACCGGAAUAUAAGAAAGAGUAA